CAAAACAACACGUGAAAAAUUUAGAUAAAUAAAUUUAUAAGUUAAUAACAAAUUUAUUUUUGUAGAAUGGUUAAAAAGAAGGGAAAAAGAGUCAACUCGGAAGCGGCUUUGAAAAAAAAACAGGCUUUCGAAACAUUAAAGAAAAUAAACCCAUUCGAAGUACAUCAAAAUAAAGAAAAGUUCAAAAUAUUGGGACGCAAAAAUAAACACGAUCAUGGAUUACCAGGAAUUUCUAGAGGUAAAGCUGUUAAGAAACGAAAAGAGACUUUAGGAAAAGAGUUUGAAACUAGGAACAAAACAAACAAGUUCAAGGAUCAUAGAAUUAGUGAGAAUCUUAGUAAUGAGGAAAUCGCUAAUCUGCGCUUUGCUGCUUUGCAAAAAAGUAAAUUUAAUAAAGCACACAAAAAAGACCUUUUUAAUCUUAAUGAUGACGAAAUCCUCACCCAUAAGGGGCAUACGCUCGAAGAAGUUGAACAAUUUAAAGAUGAAGCUUCUGAUGAAUCGGAUGCAGAUGAAACUCUAGAUGCUGAUUUUACAAAGGCUGCACAUUUUGGAGGAGGUGAAAUAUCGGCUGGAAGUGAUAGAAAAUCUGCAAUUGAAGAUAUGAUUAUUGAGGCCAAACGUCGCAAAGUAGAGAUUUUAAAGGACAAGGAAGAAGUACUUCAAAUGACAAGCAAGUUAGAUGAGAGCUAUAAAAUGCUAUUACCACAAUUAGGAAAAUUAAAUUCAAAUUAUACAAACCCACAAAAAAAGCAAUUAGAUGAUUACGAUAAAAUAAUGCGUGAAAUGAUUUUUGAACCAAGAGGAGAAGUCACUGAUAAAUUAAAAACUAAAGAAGAAAUAGAUAAAAAAGAAAAGCUCAGGUUGGAAAAACUUGAAAAAGAGAGAAUUGCAAGAAUGAAGCCUGAAGAAAUAGGGGAUAAACCAAAACAUAUUUCAGCUGAUGAUCUCGAUGAUGGAUAUUUCAUGCAUUCGGAAGAAGAGGAUGAAGGCAAAAUACUUGCUUACGACAUUAAUGGAGAAACAGAUUUGGGGAAAAAUUAUGACGAACCAUUUAUUGAAAAUGGUACAUCCAAAGGGCAAUCAGGUGAAAAAAGUGAAGAAGACAGCUCAGAGGGAGAAGAAAGUGAGGAAGAUGAUGAUUUACAAGAUUUGAAAGAUUCCGCUUCAUCAGAUGAAGGUAGUGAUGGCAAUGUAGAUAGCGAUAAAUUAGACUCGGCUAAAGUUAAACUUAAAACAAAAUUAAGUGUUUCGGAGAACAAAAAACUUCAGAAUAUUAAAGAAAUACCAACAACUCUGGAAGAAUUUUCAGAUCUACUCUUAGAAAAAGAAGCGGAAUGUCAAGGUUUUGUGAUAAAAAAGUUAAUUCAACACAAUAAUCCUAAGUUAGAUGGACAAAACCGUGAAAAAAUUUCACUAUUAUACAAAUAUAGUUUAGAAUAUCUAGAUUAUAUAUUUAAUGAGAAUUGCGACAUUGAAAAUUCGUUUAAAAUACUGGAUCAAAUAAUGCCGUAUUUAUUUGAUAUGGUCCAGCUAAAUCCGGAAGGUACAGCGGAACAGAUUUUGAAAAUUAUAAAAACAAAAUAUGAAAAAUAUAAAUUAAAUACUAAAAAGGUUCCAGCUAUUGAUACUAUAAUAAUUUUUAAAAUAAUAUCCAACUUGUAUUCGACUUCAGAUUUUCGUCAUCCGGUUGUAACACCAUCUGUAAUAUUUAUUAGCCAUAUAUUAACACGAUGCAAUUUUAAAUCCCGCAAAGACAUUUCUUUAGGGCUUUUUCUUGUGACAGUGGUGCUUGAAUAUACAAACUUUUCUAAAAGGUUUUUGCCGGCAGCAUUCUACUUUCUUUUAGGAAUCAUUAUACUUUCUAUACCAAAAAAAACAGUUCAAGUUAUAAAAGUUAUUUCACCAUUUGAAUCAAUUGCAGCAACAUUAGGAAAUAAUGCAUUAUGUUUAGGCAAUAAAAUUGAUAAUUUAAAUUUUGAAAGAAAAUUAAGUUCUUUGGAAUUGAUUACGGAUAAUUCCAUAGAUGACAAUUUCCGAAUUAAAGUGUUAAACACGACAUUUGAAUUGAUAAAUGAAUUUGCCUAUUUGUUAAUCGACAACGUUGGUGGCAGGUACAUUGCUGAAAAAUUUAUUAAUUUAAUGGAUCAAUUAGAUUUAGAGAAUUAUCCAGAAAUCGUCUCACAAAACUACAUGAAUGCGAAAAAAACUUUCAGUGAAACGUACAACUAUAAAUUAUCAAAACUAGUCCCACCAGUAAGGAAGCCAAAAGCCUUACGAUUAUUUGAACCAAGAUUUGAGAAAGUUUCCGAUGAUAAAAGACGACGAAAAAUGUCGGAAGAAAAAACAAUGCGAGUAAAAUUGAUUCACAAAAUAAAACGAGAAACUAAGGGAGCUGAAAGAGAAAUCCGAAGGGAUACACAAUUUUUAAAUAAGAUAAAAAUUAAAAAGCAAAUUCAAAGUGAUUUGGAGCGAAAGGAAAAAGUCAGGAGAAUAUUUGCAGAGGCAUCUGUUCAACAAGGAGAAUUAAAUGCAUUGGAACGUCUUCGAAAGAAAACAAAGUUUUAAAAUUUAAAAAUUUUUUAUUUUUACUUGGUUCCG